AUGAAGUUUGGCAAAGAAUUUGCAUCCCAAAUGGUGCCAGAAUGGCAAGAAGCAUACAUGGAUUAUGGUUAUCUAAAAUCCCUUUUGAAAGAAAUCCUGCACAACCAGCAAAGCAAGAAGCCACAUCCAAGUGCCACCCCAACAAUUCUAAAGAGAAAGUUAUCACUUUAUAGAGCUUUCAGUGGUCUCACUCAGAGACACUACCAACCCUUGACCCCUUCAGAACAGGACAUUGAGAACCAACCCAUUUUGGUGCACUCAGUGCUGCGAGAUGGUCAUGAAAAAUAUGAAACUACCUUUCUCAUGGCUGCAGAAGAAGGUGGAGAAUAUGAGUUAGUGUACUUUAGGAGGCUAGAUGAUCAGUUCAACAAAGUGGACAAGUUCUAUAGAUCUAAAGUGGAAGAAGUGAUGAAGGAAGCAGUUGAGUUAAACAAACAAAUGGAUGCUUUAAUAGCUUUCAGGGUAAAAGUUGAGAACCCAACUACUGAGUCAUUUGAUAGCUCAGUUGAGAUGACUCAUCUGGGUGAUGUUUCUGCUUCAGUGACCACAUUGUCUGCUUCUCCACCCAGAGAGGUCAAGUUCAACCGAGGAAGAGUUUCCAUGGAAGAGAUCAAAGAGAAUGGCAGUACCCACCAUGGAGAAUUAUAUGAAUCGGGCAAUGACAUAGGCGAAGAGAUUCAAACUCCCAACCAAAGAGAUGAAGUACAGAACACAAAGAAGAAUAUCAAAGCCAACAAACCAGCUCCUUUGGAAGUGCUUAAGCGAGUGCAAUUAAAUAACGCUUGUGAGACUCCUCGUUCAACUAUAAAAGGCUUCAUCAAAUACCCUGGCCAAACAAAGCUGAAAUUCACUAAGGAAAAUUUAAGCAAAGUAGAAGAAAAACUCAAACGGGCUUUUGUUGAGUUCUAUCACAAGCUUCGACUUCUCAAGAACUACACCUUUCUAAAUAUAUUGGCUUUUUCAAAGAUAAUGAAGAAAUAUGAUAAGAUUACAUCAAGGGGUGCGGCAAAAGCUUACAUGAAAAUGGUUGAUAAGUCCUACCUUGGGAGCUCUGAUGAGGUCACUAGGCUUAUGGAGAGGGUGGAAAAAGUAUUCAUUAAGCACUUUUCCAACUCAAAUAGAAAUAAAGGAAUGAGCAUCUUGAGACCAAAAAGAAAGAGAGAAAGGCAUAGGAUUACAUUUUCCAUGGGCUUCUUUGCUGGAUGCACUGCAGCUCUAACAUUAGCUCUUAUUCUGAUUGUUCGUACUCGAAAAAUCAUGGAUCAUUCAGGAAGUACCAAAUACAUGGAAAUCAUGUUUCCUCUUUACAGUUUAUUUGGAUUUGUAGUUCUACACAUGCUGAUGUAUGCUGCUAAUAUAUACUUCUGGAGGCGAUAUAGAGUGAAUCACUCAUUCAUAUUUGGUUUAAAGCAAGGCACUGAGUUAGGCUACCAUCAAGUCCUUCUUCUUAGUUUUGUCCUUGCAGCAUUGGCACUAGCCAGCGUGCUUGCAAACUUAGACAUGCAAAUCGAUCCAGAGACAAAAGAUUAUGUAGCAUUCACUGAACUUAUGCCACUGAUUCUGGUUCUUGUUGUGAUUGCUAUUUUAUUAUGCCCAUUAAACAUCAUAUGUCGAUCAAGCCGAAUGUUUUUCCUUACAUGUCUGUUUCACUGCCUCUGUGCUCCUCUAUACAAGGUCACACUGCCAGAUUUUUUCUUGGCAGAUCAAUUUACUAGCCAGGGGCAAGCCUUAAGGAGUUUUGAGUUCUACAUAUGCUACUAUGGUUGGGGUGACUUCAAACAAAGACAAACCACAUGCCAGUCAAAUAGCAUAUUCUUAACUUUUUCAUUCAUUGUUGUUGUGAUUCCAUACUGGUCUCGUUUUCUUCAGUGUCUAAGGCGCCUGUUUGAGGAGAAAGAUAGAAUGCAAGGAUAUAAUGCAUUCAAGUAUUUCCUCACUAUUGCAGCUGUGUGCCUUAGGACAGCUUAUAGUCUUGACAAGGGAAUGGGUUGGAAAGUGUUGGCAUGGAUGUUCUCAGUAUCUACAGCCAUUUUUUCCACAUAUUGGGACCUUGUCAUUGAUUGGGGCCUUCUGCAAAAACAUUCCAAAAACCGUUGGCUCAGAGACAAACUCCUAAUCCCUCAGAAAAGUGUAUAUUUCGCAGCCAUGGUGUUAAAUGUGUUGUUGAGAUUUGCAUGGUUGCAGACAGUAUUGAAUUUCAAAUUUUCCUUCUUGCACAAGCAAGCCAUGAUCAGCAUCAUAGCCAGCUUAGAGAUCAUUCGCCGUGGCAUAUGGAACUUCUUUAGGGUGGAGAAUGAGCAUUUGAACAAUAUUGGCAAGUACCGUGCAUUCAAGUCUGUGCCACUACCCUUCAACUACGAGGAAAAUGAAGACAAAGAUGAGUAA